AUGAAAUACUACUACCGAAAUGACAAGAUGGCACGUCAGCAGCAAGCAGACGUUGACGAACUUUUCGAUGUAAAAAAUCAUUUCUAUAUUGGCAAUUAUCAACAAUGUAUCAACGAAGCACAAAAAAUCAAGUCAUCUUCACCAGAAGUGAUAAUGGAACGAGAUGUAUUUCUCUAUCGUGCAUAUAUAGCACAAAGAAAAUUUCGUGUUGUGCUAGAUGAAAUUAAUAAUUCUUCUCCUCCUGAUUUACAACCAUUGAAGAUGUUGGCAGACUAUUUUGCGAAUCCAUGUCGCAGAGAAGCGAUUGUCGCAGAAUUGCAACAAGCGACCAAUCGCACUAAUUAUGAUAAUCACAAUUUUCUGAUCGUUGCUGCAACUAUUUAUUAUCAUGAAAAAAAUUUAGAAGCAGCACUUAGGAUACUUCGUAAUGUAGAUCAUCUAGAAUGUUUAGCCCUAACUCUGCAAAUUUAUUUAAAAAUGGAUCGAUUGGAUCUUGCAAAGAAAGAAUUAGUUACUAUGCAGGAGAAAGAUGAUGAUGCUACUUUAACUCAGUUGGCACAAGCAUGGUUAAAUAUAAGCAGUGGUGGAGAUAAGUUACAAGAUGCUUACUAUAUAUUUCAAGAUAUGAUAGAUAAACAUUCCAGUACAAGUAUGUUAUUAAAUGGUCAAGCAACUUGUUUUAUUGGACAAGCUAAAUAUGAAGAAGCUGAAACAGCUUUGCAAGAAUCUUUGGAUAAAGAUAGUAAUAAUCCAGAUACUUUAAUCAAUAUGAUUGUACUUUCUCAGCAUAUGGGAAAACCACCUGAAGUUGCUAAUCGUUAUUUAAGUCAAUUGAAGGAUUCACAUUUGGAACAUCCAUUUGUUAAAGAAUAUUUACAAAAAGAAAUAGAAUUUCAAAGACUCAGGAAACAAUAUUCUUUAUCUGCCUAAACUAUAUUGACUCAUAGCAUUUUAUAAAUUAAAAUUAAGAAAGCAUUGAGAGUGAUAUAACAAUAUGAAUUCUAGAUGCAAAGUGCUAUGAGAUUAGGAUGUUACUGCAGGGUAUAACGCACUUCAAUUAAAAUUAAAUUUUUAUUUGUUAUAGAAUUUUUUUUUUUCUUUAUAUAUUUUUCGUUUAGUGGUUUUAUACGAGAUAUUUCACUUUUGCAUGAAAUUUUUAUGAUAACUGGCAAAUAAAAAGAUAGAUAAGUGAAACUAUUUACAACUUUUACAUAUAUAAUUAAGAAAAUAUAUAAAAAGUAAUUAGAUAUCUACUUCAUCUACUCUCUUAAUAAAAUAUUUACAAUAAGAAUAAAAUAUGGCUGCCAUUUUAUAUUACAGUUAUAAAAAAAUUAUGAAAGAAUGUAAUAAAAUUCCAAAUUGCAUGCAUACAUUUUAACAUACAGUAGGUAAAUUUCAUUCUUACAUAUUGUUAUAGUGUAAUGAUUUGUUCUAUGCAUUAGUAUUUAUAAAAAAAACAAAUUACAUUGAAAUACACAUUAAACUAAAUAAA